GUACCCACAUGAGUUGUGACGACAGAAUGGUUCUGUUUUUCCGGGUUCCCUUACCCCGCACGUGUGUGUCAUGCCCGAUGUCUGCCUCUACGCCAGCUUCUCGGCGGCCUCCGGUGCUUCUAGGCUUAUGCGAUGCCACCGUCCCCCCGGCGAGCUCCUGCCAGAGCCGCCUUCAGUUCCAAGGAGUUGCAAGCAAGCUGGGCGGAGCUCCGGAUCAUGCCCCUUCUGUAACUUGGGAACAUCCUUUCUGUGGGAUUUGUAGGGCUGGCCUGAUGCAUGUUGUGCAACUGUAUUGCCCUCUUGAAGCCUCCCCAUUCCAUCGAAUCCUUAAUGUGUUUGCCUGUGCAACGAAAAGCUGCUGGGGGAAAUUGGAAAGCUGGAAGGUAUUACGGUCCCAAUAUUUGGAAGUGCACAGAGAAGAAAUGCAAGACUGCAAACCAAAGCAGAACCAAGAAAGUCUGAUUGCAGCCAAGGAUUGGUGUGAUGGAGCAGAUGACUGGGGAGAAGACGGUGACAUGGCCUUGACUGAAGACGUGUGCAGCCCAAACCUUGCCUCACUCGCAGCAUCAGAUCCCUUCCCCAGAGAAGGAGACUGUGCAUCUUGGUUGCAAGGUCUUAGCCUGCAAGACGUCUCAGGAAACUGUGAUAAUCCAAUUGGGGAAGACCCAAACAUUCCCAUAUGGCAACCAUACUACAUCAGCGCUGUGGAGGAGGAAGAUUAUCUUACCUAUGAUGAUACGGGCCACGCCCAAAAACUCUUAAAGGAAUAUCAACAGAGGGAGGGGGUUGAUUUGGAACAGCUGGUGUCAGAAAGCAACAUGGCUGACAGUUGUGGUGAGAAAUAUGAGAAGAGUGAUGUUGAGAAGAGAGACGCCGUGUUCCACAAGUUUCUGAAAAGGAUCUCUCCUUGCCAAGAACAGAUCUUAAGAUAUUCUUGGGGUGGCCAGCCUUUAUUUAUAACCUGCCCUUCGUCAGACAUCAAGACGGCUGUCCCACCUUGCCCCAAUUGCCACAGCAAGAGAAUCUUUGAAUUUCAGUUAAUGCCUGCCCUGGUCAGUGUGCUGAAAUGUGGAGAUGAAGGUAUGGUUAAGAGCAGUGAACUGUAAUCUGGAGAACUGGAUUUGAUUUCUCACUCCUCCACAUGACCAGUGGACUCUUAUCUGGUGAACCAGAUUUGUUUCCCACUCCUGCAUUCCUUAUGGAUGACGGUGGGUUAGUCACAGUCCGUUCAGAACUCUGUCAGCCCCACCUACCUUAUAAGGUGUCUUUAGUGGGAAGAAGAAGGGAAAGGAGUUUGUAAGCAGGGUAUAAAUCCAAACUCUUGUUUUUCUUCUUCUUUCCUGUUACAAGUUCUGUAUAAAAGCAGCUGGUUACAACAGGCAGGUAAAUCUGUUUUUUGUCACCUUGAAAUGUGCAGUCAGGGAAUCAAAUCCAGUCUCUAUUAAAGCUGCUUUUCCAAGGACCUGGACAUGGACGUGGUGCAUCACAGCCAGCAAGGAAUAGGAUCAAGCAAAGCCCCUCUGAUAUUCUUGGGGUAUCCGCAGCCUCUUGUCUGGCACAAACUUUGGAUGCAGUCCUCUGAAUAGUUGUGCAAAUUUCAUCGGCAACCCAGAAAUCACAUUUCUGCUCUACAAUAGGAAAAAGAACUGCCACUGUCAAAGAUUCCUGGAAAUAUUGGGAGCAUUGUGGGUGAAAAGGGGAGAACUGCUGAUUGUUACCAGUGUUCCAUUUUAUUAUAUUGUGGAAGGCUUUCACAGCAAUAAUCAACUAGCUGUUGUGGGUUUUCUG